AUGUAUUGGACUGUAGUAAUGCAACAGCUGAUACCAAUGAUUUGGACAAUUCUGUUGGUGUUUAUUACGCUCAUCCAAUCAGCAGCUGUGCCAAGCCAGUGUGGUCAACAACUAGCCAGGAACGGCCGUAUUGUUCAUGGCGAAGAUGCUUAUGAGGGAGAAUUUCCUUGGGCAGUAUCCAUUCGAUUUGACGGGGAACAUUUAUGUGGAGGGACCAUUCUGAAUGAGAGAUGGAUUCUCACUGCAGCCCACUGUGUGCAACUAUACUUCGCUCGACAAUUUGUCGUCCGAGUAGGAGAGUUUGAUUUGUCCAAAAAAGAUCUCAUGACCGAAGAUAUUAAGGUUCAACAACUUAUUAUCCAUCCCAACUAUUCCAAACCUAAACUGUAUUAUAACGACAUUGCUUUGCUACGGCUAGCAAAAGACGUAACCUUUUCUGAUUAUGUCAGGCCAACCUGCCUACCAGAAGCUUCAAGUUCUUUUACUGGUUCCAUUGGCACAGUUGUGGGUUGGGGAUGGAACAAAGAUCCCAAAGAAGGUGGAGAACGUGCUAUUCGAUUGCAGAAGGUCAAGGUGCCUAUAAUGAACUAUACCCAAUGCCAGAGUUGGUACCAAAAGGCGGGAAAGAAUGUCGUGUUACAAAAAGGACAGAUGUGUGCGGGUUACAAGGAAGGAGGCAGAGAUUCUUGUCAGGGUGAUUCCGGCGGCCCUCUUUUAAUUAAAGAUGGAACUAAAUUUCUGAUCAUUGGAGUUGUAUCAGCAGGAAUCGGCUGUGCCAAGCCACUUCUUCCGGGCCUUUACACCGAAGUCUCCUUUUACUUACCAUGGAUGUUACAGUACAUUAACAAUAUUUAA